AUGGCUGCCCAUGGAAUGGGCCGCCCAGAUGAUGCAUUAAAGGAGUCCCUGGCCUUGUGCGAGAUGUUGCAUGAGGUGCUAAGAGAGCAGAAUCAGUCAAUGAGCAAUCGCUUGGACGCUUGGCUACUCAACUUGGACUUCCGAAUCCAGCAGAUGAGCGACCAGGCGGACUGGAUGCCGAGAAGCUUUCCAGAGAAACACUCCGACAUGUCGCACUUCGCGUCUCACCUGUCGAGUGUUCUGGAAGAAAUUGAGGAGGACGCGGAUCCAGCAUUAUCGCCUACAGGAAGCGUGCCAGUUGGAACUGAGUCGCAGGGAUCAGUCCGUCCUACCUACAGCCGCAUGGACAGCAGCCGCUCCUUAAAAGCUGCCCGCCAGACAGCAGAUCGCCUGACAGAAGAAUUCAACCAGGUGAAGCAGGAGCAGGAGACUGUCAAAGAACCGGAGGAAAUCCGGGGCUUCUCUGCGCAAUGCAAUCGGGUGGCAGCGCGAAUCCUCGCCUCCCAGGUCUCGCACAUGUUCUUUGCCUUGGUCGUGGUCUCCAACUCUGUGUACCUAGGAGUGCAGCUAGAGUAUCAGGCCAUCAACAGGCUUGACGUCUUUGUGGUGACUUCUUCAUGGGUGGAGCUCCUUGUGGACUUGACAAACCCGGGAGACAGCACUAGCCGGGCCAACAGCAACUUGCGGCUCAUGCGCCUGCUCCGAGUGGGCCGGCUCUUUCGCGUGGUGCGCAUCAUACGAGUAGUGAAGUUCUUCCGUUCAUUGCGGACCCUUGUCCACUCGCUGGUAGGCACCUUGAGGUCGCUGGUUUGGGCCAUGAUCCUUCUUGGGCUGAUUAUCUACAUUUGGGGCAUCUUGUUGACAGAUGCCGUUUUGGAUGCGGUCAUUGAAGCCGAAGCGAUGGAGAUACCGCUCCCUCAGAACAGAAGUGGCGAGACGGUGGCCGAAUACUUCGGAACGUUGUAUCAUUCCACCGUGACGUUGUUCAGAACGAUCUCCAAUGGCGUAACAUGGAAGAACCCUGACGACUUGUUGGUUGGCAUGAACUCGUUCGGCGAAUUCUGGGCAAUUAUCUAUCGAUUCUACAUCGCCUUCUGCAACUUGGCUUUCAGUGUUCAGUGGAGCUUUACUCAGCGGGUAAUGACUGGUGUUUUCUGUAACAGCGCUAUCAAAGCAGCGGAGAGCGAUCACGAGAUGGUCGUCCAGUCCUUGGUCCAAACGCGGCAGGAGAGCUUAGGCUACAGACGCUCAGGGUGGUAG